AUGGCUGAGCCUGACGAAGGCGCCCUCAAUGCUACCAACUUUGAUCUAGACAAUGUAGAUGAGUCGGACGAAACACAGGACUUUCGCUUUCUAUCCGCACUUUCUCAGGUAGGUGAUGCUACUCCCAUACCAAAGCGUGGUGAAAAGGAUUUCGAACAACAUGGCACACGUUCACAAGAAAAUGCCCUUGAUGCCUCUCGUCAAGCAAUGGAUGAUGCUCUCUCACAUACGCGCCUUCAUAAGUCAACUUGCUUGACUGGAUAUAUUGAUUCAGAGAAAGACUCGUGCAUGAUCAAACAGCCUAGAGGAAGCAUGCUUGCGACGAUUGGGACUGCUGAUUCAAGAGGGCACCUGCACCUCCUUCCAGAAGAAUGCCUCUACCUUGUCGAAAGAGGCAGCUUGAAUCUACAAUGGCAAUCUGAGGACUUGGCCGACAUACCACUCAGCUUACAAGCUGCAUAUGCAUACUUGAUUGGAAGUCAAGGGUUGACGCUGGAGCGUUACAUUGUCUACACAAGUUUGAAACGAAGUGGCUACAUUCUCCAGCGCACUCCAACUUGGUAUCUAAAGGACUAUAACAAGGGCUCUACGUCUCAGCCUCCAACAAAACUACCUCCAUCUCGCGCGACGCUGUUCAGCCGCCUGUACGCUUUCCUGUUUGACGCACGAUCGGACCCAGAGCCCCACCUACCCAGGGGGCCCCUCAUUCAGCCGGGCUUGUACCGCUCUUAUGCCCCCAUCUACGGACAGCUUGUUCUCAUACCCCGUCACGAUCCUUAUGCCCCCCUCAGCCCCGGCUUCCCGCCUCUGAAGCACCGCGAACCUAUCCGCCCCACCUACAACGUCUGGAAACCCAGCACCCAUUUCCGCAAGACUGCACCACCGCCUCCUGACUAUCAGAUCUGCGUUCUAAACGCACGAGAUGACUCAUUCCCCACUCUAGAGCAGCUCGACGAUCUGAUGCGCUGCAUGCCAUACGACCCUCCACCAUCACAUAUGAAGGGCGGAGGUCAUAAGAUCUACCAGCGGUUGAAGCACGGACAUCGAAGCGUCAUUCUGGCGGUCGUGGAUCAAGGUAUUGUCAGCUAUGUACGUAUCGGAGAUGCAGGCUUUAGUCAGGAGCCAGUGUGGGAGCCCAAGAGACAUGGACGGGGCGGUAAAGCUGGUGGUGCACGAGGAGGCGCAAGAGGGCGCGGGCGAGGACGCGGCAGAGGUCGGUGA